GUUGCAUGCAUGCUUGUGCAGCUUGGAGAGUGGAAACACCAGGUCCUGGAAUUUGUGGGGAUAAUCUAAAGAGAGCAGUAUUCUACUGAAUCAACUGGGUCAGGACAAAGCUGAAGCCCAUGGCGCCCCAGAGCUUGCCAACAUGCCCCCUGGGUCGGCCUCCCUGGGCGCUGGACGUCCUGCUGGCGGUGCUGAGCCGCGCUCUGUUCGCGGCGCACGGCGCCGUCACCGUGUGGCGUGUGGUGGCCGCUACCGGGGAGGCCGCGCACUGGCUGCUGCUCACUGGCGUCGCCCUGCUGGCCGUGGAGAUCGCCGUCACCCUCCGGUGCAAUCGCAGUGCAGAGUGGAAAUGGUUCUCCCCGAUGGUCUUCCUGUACCUCAGCACAGUCGUCCCGUCUAUUUGGUUCCUGGAGCUGAACCUGCUGCAAACCAACCUGCCGAGCAACAGCUCCACGGGGAGCGAUCUUCAGAUCCUCUCCCAUAUACCCAUCGUAGCGAGCCUGACAGAGCUGGACCCAGAGAACUGGGUGGCGGGACUGGAGCAGACCAUGCUGAUGGUGCUGGUCUUGGGCCGGUGGCUCAUGCCCAAAGGGAACAUGUCCCGGGACCAGCUGUCGCAGCUCCUCAUGGCCUACGUGGGCCUGGGUGCUGACAUCCUGGACAUCUUCGACACCUUCAGGGAGCCGGAGGUCAAAGCGAACCGGGCUGUGGUGCUGGCUGGGCUCGGCCUCUUCACAUGGGCGCUCAUGCAGUUCCCGCUGGUGCUGACCCAAAGCGGCCCCCCCAGCAGCCGCCCGGGCCCCUCCUGCGACUCCAGAGAGGCCUGGAGCCUCCUGCUCACCGUCGGCCUGCAAGACGGACCCUUCCUUGUGUACCGACUCUACCUCAUGGCCUGUGAGAACGUGCUCAACCAGCUGAUGAUCUUCUUCACCUGCAAGAACAUCCUUGUUGUCCUCCUAGAAAUAUACCGCAUACUGGUGGUCCAGUGUGAGAAGAAAGGACCUAUGAACUCGGGUCAAUGCAGCGAGGAGAUUCGUGGAGGCAAUACAGACCAGAGCAGCCAGCCUUAGGCUAUAUAUAAAAAAUAUUACAUAAUAUUAUACAAUACACAACACAGACACCCUUAACCCCUGCCCAGCCCUUAACCCCUACCCAGCCCUUAACCCCUACCCAGCCCUUAACCCCUGCCCAGGCAUGUUGGUCACUUAUUAAUACUUUUGCAGUUAGUACCUUAACUAAAUAUUUUGCACAGCUGAUGAAAUUGCUAAUGGUUUCUGCCACAGAUUAAUGGUUAUUUGCGCUAACGAUUGUAAUAUACCGUUCUGCAUCAAAUAGUGCAAUUUUUUUAGUGAAGGAAAAGAAAGGGGUAAUAUGUAGACAGAAAUAAUGACAAUGAACCAUUUUUAUUAUUAAUCUGUAUUUUUUACACGUUACCAUGGUUAAGAAAUGCUAAUUUAAUAACUUUGUGGCUAUCAUAAAUUCCAAUUCACUUUUUAAUUUGAGCUAUAAAAUUGUUACAGCACACCUGUAAUGACAAAUUCGUCUUCUUAGACCUUAUUCUUUCCAAGAAACAUUAUUUAUUAAUGGUUUAAAGCGCUGACGUAUUUGAAUCUUUCUUCCCCCACGAGGUGGCAGUGUUAACAUUUCAAACCUUCCAAGCUUAGUCCUAUUACAGUAACAAGAAAAAGCUGCGUUUAAUGACAGCGAAUGGACAAAUAAAACAUUUCCCUUCCAUAACUUCA